GAGCGGUUUCCCCGUCGCCAGCCUCCGUUGCAGGCGGAGGGUGGGCGUGCAGGUACCUGCCGAGCGGCGCAGGGCAGGCAGAUGCCGGCCCGGCCGGGCGCUGCGCCUGCGCGGGGGUGCGAGCGGGGCAGGGUGCUGCAGGGUGCCCCCGGCGCUGCCCCGCGCUGGCAGCCUGCGUGGGCAGGCCGAGGAGAUAAAUGGGAGUUUGUCGUAAACAGGCCUGGCUGCCAGCAGCCGUGGGGAGCGCCUCGCCGCCCCGCUUAAAGGCGCAGGCUCUGGCCUCGCUCCGCUGCCUGCUCGCUGCCCAGCCGGGGCCAGGGCAUCCUGCCCCCCCUGCCUGCCCCCCUGCCUGCCCCCCCUCCUCCUGCCCCCCCUGCCUGCCCUCCCUGAGAGCACCCGGCAUCCCCACAGGGGGGGUUCCCCUCGCCGCAUGCCAUCACACCGGGGUGUUGGCACGUCCCCCGGAGCCCCCCUGGGGUGGGCCAUGGCUGCGGGGGUGAGUGUCUUGCUCCCACCCCACGCAGGGUGACAUGCCUGCUUGGCUCCGUGACGCAGAGCCCUGUCCCGGCUGUGGCACUUCCCGGGCAAAGGGUGCUGAUAAGGCAGGUGGGGUGGAGCCAGCGGGGUUGUCCCCGGUCCGGGAAGGGACAUCGGCCUCCGGUGAGCAGGAAGGGAGCCGAGCCGAGGAGGGAGGCAGGGGCGCUGCCGGCAGCCCCAGCCCCUGGGCGCCAGGUCUGCAGCGCCCGGGUGGCUUCGCGGGAGGCGGCGGAGCCCCGGCCCGGCCCGGGAUGGCGGCGCGGCCGGCGCUGCCCGUCCUGGCACACUCGGUGCUGGCCGCGCUGCUGCUGGCGGCGGCGCAGGAGCCCGUCCCGCGGGUCAGCCUGCCCUACGACUCAGCCGAGCGGGUCGUGCAGCGGUUCGAGGUGCCCGGCGUGUCCAACUACACGGCCCUGCUGCUGAGCCCGGACAGCAGCACCCUGUACCUGGGGGCACGCGAGCUGCUCGUCGCCGUCAACACCAGCCACUUCCAACCCGGGGCACCGGCUCGCAGGCUGCUGUGGAGCGCGGAUGAGGAGAAGAAGAGGCAGUGCGUGUUCAAGGGCAAGGACCCCCAGAGAGACUGUCACAACUACAUCAAGAUGCUGCUGCAGCUGAACAGCACCCACCUCUACACCUGCGGGACCUGCGCCUUCAGCCCGGCCUGCACCUACAUCGACGUGCGGCGCUUCAGCCUGGAGCGGGAUGCGUCGGGGAAGGUGCUGCUGGAGGACGGGAAGGGGCGCUGCCCCUUCGACCCCGAGUACCGCUCCACGGCCGUCAUGGUCGACGGCGAGCUCUACGCCGGGACUGUCAGCAACUUCCAGGGCAACGAGCCGACCAUCUACCGCAGCCAGGAGAGCCGCAUCGCCCUCAAGACGGAGAACUCCCUCAACUGGCUGCAGGACCCGGUCUUCGUGGGCUCAGCCUACCUGCGGGAGAGCCUGCCUGCCGGCAACCCCGAGGGCGAUGACGACAAGGUCUACUUCUUCUUCAGCGAGACCGGCAAGGAGUUCGACUACUUUGAGAACACCAUCGUCUCCCGCAUCGCGCGCGUGUGCAAGGGGGACCAGGGCGGGGAGCGCGUGCUGCAGCGGCGGUGGACGACCUUCCUGAAGGCUCAGCUGCUCUGCUCACACCCCGAGGACGGCUUCCCCUUCAACGUGCUGCAGGACGUCUUCGUGCUCACCCCGGGGGAGCUGCGCUGGAGGGAGACGCUCUUCUACGGGGUCUUCACCUCACAGUGGAACAAGGGCGGGCUGGGCAGCUCGGCUGUGUGCGCCUUCCCCAUGCGCAGCGUGCAGCGAGCCUUCGGCGGGCUCUACAAGGAGGUGAACCGUGAGACGCAGCAGUGGUACACGGACACCGGCCCCGUGCCGGAGCCCCGGCCGGGCACGUGCAUCACCAGCCACACGCGGCACCUGAAGAUCAACUCGUCCCUCCAGAUGCCGGACCGGGUGCUGAACUUCAUCAAGGACCACUUCCUGAUGGACAGCCCCGUGCGCAGCCAGCCGCUGCUGCUGCAGAGCCGCCUGCGCUACCAGCAGAUCGGCGUCCACCGCGCCCAGGGCCUCCACGGCACCUACGACGUCCUCUUCCUGGGCACGGACGACGGCCGGUUGCACAAGGCUGUGCGUGUGAACCACGGGGUGCACAUCAUCGAGGAGAUCCGCCUCUUCCCCGCCGGCCACCCCCUUCUCCAGCUGCUGCUGGACCAGGACCAGGGCCUGGUCUACGCAGCCACCUACACAGCGGUGGCUCAGGUGCCCUUCGCCAACUGCAGCCUGUACCGCAGCUGCGGGGAGUGCGUGCUGGCACGGGACCCCUUCUGCGCCUGGAGCCGGGGUGCCUGCCGCAGGGUCACCCUGCACGCCCUGGCGCACCCCCAGCUCUGGGCUCAGGACAUCGAGGACGCCGACACGGAGCGGCUCUGCCAGCUCGCCAACGCUUCCCAGCCCCGUCCCCGUGUCCUCCUGCCCCCAGCCUCGGGCGCCCCGUGCCAGCGGAUCCAGCUGCCCCCCAACGCAGUGCGGCCGCUGCCGUGCCGGCUGCUCUCCAACCUGGCCUCGCGGCGCUGGCUGCACGACGGGGCGCCCGUCAACGCCUCCUACCUGGUGCUGCCCGACGGGGCCCUCAUCCUGGUGGGCAGCCCCGAGCGGGCGGGCACCUACGAGUGCUGGUCGCUGGAGGAAGGCUUCCGCAAGCUGAUGGCCAGCUACUGCGUGGGCGUGCAGGAGCUGGCCCGCGGGCCGCUGGACCCCGGCAGGAAGGUGGCCGCUGGCCGGGAUGCCCUGGAGACCGUCAGCACGUCCCGGAGCACCUCGGCGGUGGGCAGCGCUGCGGCCCGGCUGGACGGCAAGACCUACUGGACGGAGUUCCUGGUGAUGUGCGUGCUCUUCGUGGCCGCCGUCCUCGUGCUGGCCCUCUUCCUCUUGCACCGGCACCGCGACGGCAUGAAAGCCUUGCUGGAGCCUGCGGACCCCGGCCGGCACCAGAAGCCGCCCCGCAAACCCGUGGAGAGCCUGCCCCUGAACGGCAGCAGCCUGCCCAGCGCGGCCCCCGAGCACAAGGGCUACCAGGCGCUGCAGGACAACUACAUCGUCAGCACCCCCGUGCACGAGCCCCCGGGCCCCCCACGCGCCUUCUCCGAGUCAGAGAAGAGGCCCCUCCACGUCCGGGACAGCUUCGUGGAGGUUUCUCCCGCCUGCCAAAGACCCCGGGUGCGCCUGGGCUCCGAGAUCCAGGACUCGGUGGUGUGACGGGGACGAGGACCGAGCCCUCGCCCACCUCUGCUCUGCUGAGCCUCGCCGGACCGCGGCGCCGUGGCCGGGGUCCGUGUUGUCUGUGUGUGCAUGCCCGGAGCCCGCGCCCCGCUGCGGCACCCACGGGGGGCUUAGCUCCCCCCGCCCCGCCCCGGGCAUCACCUUGGGGGGCUCCGGGUGCGAGGGGUGCCGCGUGCCUUCCAGGGACGCGCAGGACGUUAUCCCCAGCCUGGUGUCCCCGCCGCAGGGACGGGCACGGCGCCUGGCCCCGGCUGCUGGUGCGGCCCCGGCUCCGUGGGGCUGCGGCCCCCCCCUCUAUGCAGAGGGCAGGAGGGGGGACGGCCGCGGCCCCCUCGCGCCCCCGACUCACUGUGACGUCCCGCUGCGGGACCCGGAGCCACGCGCGCGGCCGGGCGGUGCCGGCGCGGCGGCCCCACGGCAUGUGCUGUGUGUGUCUGUGCUCGGUUCGUUUUUUAAUACGUCGAAAAUGUGAAUCGUGUCCUGGGGAGGGAGCGGGGAGCGGCGCUCGCCCCGCGCCGGGCUGGGCAGCGACUCGCCCUGCCGUGUCCCCACGUGUGUGUGCGUGCAGAAAUGUCUGUGGUUUUUAUAUAAAGUUCAGGUGUCUUCUUUGGA